CUCAUUUCGUCCACGUAAACUGACAAAUUUAUCUAGAUAUGGCGGCAGCUAGACAGCCUCCCGCACAACCAGCCGCUGUUCCCUCGGCGAUGUUCGCUCCGCCUGCUCCUGGUCUCCCAACUCGAACGCCGUCCUUCAUGGCAUCUCAGACCCCGAGGGGCUACCCGAACCACCCAGCUACACUUGGAAUGGCAGAUCCAACCUCCAUGGUGCCUCAGCAUAUGAACGGAUCGCUGCGAAAUCCGAAGAACAGGCCCGCGCGAUCAGGGUCGGGCACUUACAAUCAGCAGCAGUCGCCCCACGGUUGGGUCGACAAUAUUCGCAUGCCCUCUGGCCCGCACUUUCGACAACCAUCCGGCCCUAUGUCUGCCGGUCAGUCGCCACGUUUUGCUUCACUAAUGCCGAUGGGGCCUGGCAUGAUGAACCCUCUGAACCCCAUGGCACAGUUUCCGCCAAAUGCCUCCAUGGCUCCGUACACUUCGAUGAUGCAACAGAGCAUGAUGGCCCAGCAGGCCCCGCCGUUUGCGCCAGCAAUGGACCCCGCUUAUCAGUCAUUGCUUUCCGGUGGUGCUGGCGUCGGCCCGCGCGGUAUGCCUUUCGGUGAUAUGACCAACAGCAUGCAGUACCCGCCAGGUAGAGGUGCGGAUCCUCGCAGCGGGAUGGGUCGGCGUGGGAGCCAGGCAUACAAGCAGACGGGACUAUACAAUCCCUACGGUGCGGAGCGACCCGACAAGGCUGACUUUGCCACGAUCCCACCGCAGACCAACGGCAAGAAGACUAGUCGAAACAGCUUCUCGAACCCUACAGGACGUGGCCGAAAGAUUUCUGUCGGCUCGUACAAUCGUUCCAGCUAUGGGCAGUACAACCCCGACCGAGGAGACCCUAGCCUCAUGCACAACGGUCACUAUACGGACGUGCCGUCUCAGAAACUUUCGUACACGCAAUUGAACCUAGCCGUCGUCAACGAUAAGGAGGGUGGCUGUGGUGAGGACUGGAUCGGCCCGAACAAUGAUUCUGUCGGCGAGCUUUGGGUCGGCGAGUUGCCAGUCGACGUUAGCGAGCAGGAGCUCCGCGACUUUUUCUACAAUGCAGUCAGUGUCCCGGCCAAGGCUGUUUUUGUGAAAAACAGUCAUGCCUUCGUUCAUUUUUUGACCACCGCCGACGCGCGAAAAGCCCUCAAAGUCGACGGCAUGCGUUACCGUAAUAGGCGACUGUCCGUUAGAGUCCCUAGACGAUACUUCAUGCUGCCGGACCCGAGCAUGCCUUCCCGAGAACGCCAGGUGUCGAACCCUUAUGCUCAUGGUGUUGCGCGCACGCCCUCCUACGGGGCCCCGAGCGCUGUAGACAACCCCGCUAUACACAAGCUGUCAGUGCAGUACUCGCCGCAGGACGCUAGGAGCGACCUGCCCAACAGUGUUCGCCAACAGCAGCAGGAAUAUGCUGCUGCCAGCGGAAGCCCUGAAAUGCGAAAGGCUAAGAAGUCGUCCGAGACCAAGGCGGAGAUCUUGGGUGGAGGCUCGCCACUCGAUAAAGAUCUAGAGCGCGAUGCAACUGAGCUUGACUUGGUCCCAGAACAGCCCACGUCGACCGCUGCGGCGGGUACAAUCGCAGAGGAUGUCUCUCCGCAACUUGGUGAAGUGCCUGAAGUGCGAGUGGCCAGUGCUAUCAAAAGGGACUCCGUCGUGCUUGUGAGCGCCUCGGAUACGAUCGGCGAGCUCGACGAAAUCCAUGAAAAAGCCGAAUCAAAAGAUACUACCAGCGGCCGACAGAAGAAGGUUUCGAACGAAGCUGAAAAGAUAGUAGAGACGGUAGCUGCAGUUGACCCUCCGGUGCCACCUCAGUCAUCCGUUACGAUCGGCGCAUCACCUCGGGUAGACAGUCCGACACGUUCCGGCGAGGGUGUGGUAAAAGGAAAAGACGCGGUUGAUGUGAUUAAGCCCGUUGACGAUGUCCAACCUAAAGAUACGGGGGUCCAUUCUCGUCCCCGAGAGGAGACAAUAUCCGAUGACGAGCAAAAGAAUGAUCUGAGCUUCCACUCCGCCCAGGAGUCGCAGUCCGACACUGGAAAGCACGAGCAGCAGGGCCGACUCGUGCCCGUCGUCAAAGGGGAUGAACAAGAGUCUGGUCUCGGUACACAAGAACCUCUUCAUUCUGGAGCUGUAGGAACGGUGGCGGAGUUGGGUGCUCAAAAGAAUGAAUCUACGGAGCUGGAUUCUACUGCAUCCCAGCAGGGACAGCCCAAGCCCAUGACUGCCCAGGUCAAGCCGACCGCAGAGGCAGCAAAGGUGCAUGGAGCUAAGCAAACUCAGUCUCUCCAUCCCUUUGCGAAGCCCAGCAAGGGCCAGACAAAAAAGGAGAGGGAUGCCAAAAAGAAAGAGAAGAAGAAGGGAAAGGAGAAGGUCAUAGUCGAGAAAGCUACUCCGGUUACAGCGAUACCGGAUGAGGCUGAAGUGACUAAAGCCGAGCUUCAACCUAGUCAGGACACAUCUGGUAGCUCGUCGAAAGCCAAUGUCGUAGCCGACGCUGAUAUCAAUGCAACCGCGGCGAGCGUUGUUGAAGCCAGCAAUGCUGCUGAUGGCGCCCUCAAGGACACGAAGGACGGAGAGACUGUCAGCAUAGACGGUGCGGAUAUUGGACAGCGAUCAGGUAAAGACGCCCGUUCCCCUGGUAAGCUCGUGACAGUGACUCAGAAGCCGGAAGUUCACCAAGUGUCAUUGGCUCAGACGGCCAAGCAGGAACAUCCGCACGACGCUCUAUCUUCAGCUCCUGCGCGGUCUUGUGAGGACGCGGUGGCCGACGCGGUGGCCGACGCGGCCGCAGGUACCGCCGGUCCGCCAACGUCGAAGCUAGAUUUGAUGGAGCCAUCAGAACUAACCCAUGACGCUCAAGAACCCGCAAAGAAGACAAAGGCAGCUCGGGCUAAGAUUGCUGUUCCGAAUCUAGACCUCCUCCAACGCAAGACCUCUACCUCUAGCACAAGCUCGCCGCUUCACACAGCCUUCACCACGAAAACACCGUCAUCAGGCACCCCUAGCCCGACGGAGCCUGCAAAAGAUUCCCGAGAGACAGAUAAGAAAGGUCCAUUUCAUAGCGCGAAGCCGCAGGACACAGUGUCCAUAGCAAGCUCCUCCACGCUACGGGGACCGAGCCCUCCGCCAAUGUCAGCUAGCCCUACUGCCGCGGAAUUCCACACGCCCAUGCAGACUCCUACUACCCUGGGUCCAGCACCGUCGGAAGCGGCAAAGAAGAAGAAAAAGAAGAAGAAGAAAGCUUCCAACAAGGUGGCCGACAAACCGGAGGAGCAGCCGAGCAAGCAAGACGCCGAAGCUGAUGCGUUCCACGAUCAGCUGAGUCAGAUCGAUGCUUAUAAGCAUGCGUCCAAUCAACCGGGAUCGUACUACACCCUACGCGGUGCACAAGACGAUGUUCUGCGUCUCGUUCAAGACGACACACGAUCCGAAAAGGCCGCUGAAGAAGCAAGUGGGGGUGAAAAGAAGGUGCGUGCACCCUCUAUUCACACCACUCUCCAGUCGCCUCCUCUAUACUAAAGCAGCCGAGAGCUUCAUGCGGGAGCUCCAGACUUUUGCUAAAGAGAAGACAGCUUCUUAUGGCAAACUUUU